UACAACUAUUGUCUUCCAAUUUUUACAUUGAAUAUUAACCUAUAAUAAAACAAUCGAGUGUACCUUAUUUCUUAUUCUCUGAGUGGAAUCAUUUUAUUUACCUGAAAGCUUUCUUCAACAGUCUUUUAAAUGAAAGGAAGAUCGUUGAAUUGGAUGCAAAAGAGGAGGUGAAACCUGGCGUCAAGGUGUGGCGGAUAUCGAAGGGAUGAAUGGAACGACGGCGUUGCGCCGCGUCGUCGGGGCUGGUGGGGGAGGAGGGCAGGAACCACCACCCGUCGCGACUCUCAUCGUUCACAAGGAUGAUGCAGGUUAUGGAAUGAAAGUCUCUGGAGAUAAUCCUGUCUACGUACAAUCCGUCAAAGAAGGUGGUGCUGCAGCAAGAGCUGGAUUACAUGCGGGUGACAAAAUAAUUAAGGUCAAUGGAGUUAAUGUUAUGCAGUCAACACACACAGAGGUGGUACAGUUAAUAAAAUCGUCGACUCAGGUGGUUUUGACAGUUCAGCAAAAACCUGUAGGUUCAUCAAUGGUUGGAUUACAAGUCGGUACGACCCAGCAUCAACGACCAACAAGUUUAUCUGCUGCUUCCACUAUGGUAUCGCCAUCCCAUCCCGCUACUUCACUACACAGAGCGUCAACUGCUCCUGCCGGUGGUGCUCCAUGUACUGCUCGAAUAACUGGACCCCAACCUGUUGACGUAAGUCCCAGUUUGGGCCGAGAGUUACAUGAAUCGCUUUAUACCCUAGCUUCUACUGUUACUUAUGUUCUCGAUCACUCUGCUUUAUCUGUUAUCCCUACGAAUUCUUUUCCGUUCUUAAUGGUCAGAACACCGUCAUUUACUGAUUUCAUCUCUACUGCAUUUAUUCGAAAACAUGAGAAAAAACGUCAAUUGGAGACACAACGAGUCCAUACAUUUCAGUUAAUGUUGGAGAAAGAGCAGAGUUAUGUUGAUAAAUUAAGAAGUGAAUUAGCGAAGCUAGGAAUAGGGUCGGGAAAUACAUCAAGUACAACAUCAUUACAAGCAGAAUUAGCUGGUGCUGAAAGGAGAGUUCGUACGUUACAAGAACAGCUUGCAGCAAUUACAACAAAUGAUCAGCUUUGCUCAUUGGUAACCAAUGCCUCGUCUCCCUCUGGCCAUUAUUCCAGUUCUGGUAAUAGCAGCGGUGGUGGAGAUGUACCGCCACCCCUGCCAUCACGUAAAUCCUUGUCCAUGCAGAGUCUCUCCCCACCUCCGUUGCCUCCACGACCUCCACCCGCCUCAAAUACGCACAACGUAAUUCAGUCGGAGCUGGAGAGACAACUGCUGACUCAUUUAACGCCCCCAACCACCAGUCAUGGUAUACCUAACUCUUUUUCACAGGGCACGAAUUUGGGUUCACCAAAUUCUCUUAAUAAACAUCAACGCACAAAAUCGUCACCCGAGCAAUUGGGAACGACAACGAUCUCAUCAUCGGAGGCCAGUAGAUUGCUUUUAGCAUCCGAGUCAAUGAAUGAUUUAUCACCGCCAAGACACGGUCGUUUAAGCGGUAUAGAUUUGGAUGAUCCUAUUCAUGUCACUCCACCCGGAACACCACCACCACCUUAUCCGCAGCCGAAUUCCACAAUUGAUGUCACUUCAUCAACCUUGAACGAUAGCUUGAUAGAGAGUUUCACAUCAUCCACACCUCGUCAAAUGUUAAACGACAGUAGUCCUGGUGUACUACAAAUUCAACAACCAAUUAUGUCAAUGGAGGAUGAUGAUAUGAGUGAUCAAGAAGUGGGGCAACUGGAAGAUCACGGACCAUUUAAAUCAUUAUCAAGGCUGUGGGAACAUCACGCACAUCUUUCAGUUUUUAUUAAUUACGUUCUAUCUAAUAGUGAUCCUUCAAGUCUGUUAUUUUAUUUAGUAACUGAUCUAUAUAAAGAGGGAAAUGCAAAAGAGAUGCGGAAAUGGGCGUACGAAAUUCAUUCUAGUUUUUUAGUACCUGGUGCUCCUCUACGAUUAAAUAACGUAGAUGAGAAUGUAGCACGUGAGAUAGAUGAUGUGCUUUUACGUGAGUCAGACAAAGAAGAAAUAUUACGAAAAAUAUUUUGGAAAGCAAGAACAAAGGCAAAAGAAGAAUUAAACGAACAGCUUGCAGAUUUUCAACAAAAACGUACUGCAGGACUUGGAAUGCUAUUUGGUCCUAGUGACGCGCAACUUGAUGAAAGUGAAUCAGAUAAAUCUAAAGAAUCAAAAAUUAUUGAGACUUAUCUUGUACCUAAAAUGGAUCCAUAUUUAGAAGAUAUUGAAAAAGACCAACUAGAUCUUCGUCAAUUUACAACUGCAGCUGGACUUGCGACAAUAUUAACGAAGAUAUUCCAAAUGCGAUCAGUAUCAUUGGAUCGAGUGCCGACAUUUGUAGCUAAAGAUAAAUCUAAUAUCAAGGCACGUAUACUUACAGGGAAAACUCGAAAAAUGACAGUUCGAGGACAUCAUUUUAGUGCACAUCAAUAUUUUACUGUUACGUAUUGUAAUCAUUGUCAGCUUAUUAUUGGAGGAAUUGGCCCUCAAGGCUAUCAAUGUAAUGACUGUUCACUAAGUGUUCAUCGUCAAUGUGUUCGAGUGAUAGAAGAAAAUUGUCCCGGACCAUUGCCACGUAAAGAACGUGGCAAUGAUCGGAUAAGUAAACUUAUGGAACGUAUCAGACCAGAAAGAAAACCGCCUUCAUCUCAUCAUCAUCAUCAUCACCAUCAUUCUUCGAACCAGAUGCAUCUCAUUGAACGUGCUAAAAGAGUUGAAGAAGAAGGUGUAUUAACGGAUGGUGAAAAUGGAGAACAUCGCGGGGGCGGCGCAAGCGGAAACACUCGUAGCAGCGUUGAAAGAGGACGUAUUAUCGCCCACGGUGAUCAUCCUGAUAGUAUGGACGAUCCUUCCUCACGAGAGGAUAUUUCCGAAAUGGUGCAGCAAAAUAUUUCUAAUAAGCCAAAGACAUCAAAUAUAAACAGAUCGGAAAGUUACAAGGAGCGGAUACAUCAUAAGAGACAAUUACGUGAAAAGCGUAAAACAAGUGAUCCUAAUCUUUCGAAAACCAAUGAUUGUGAAGGAUCUGGAGCAUUUCCCGGUAAUUCAGCAGGAAGUUCAUCAAAUAGUAGUUUAUCAACUCGAAGUUUAGACAGCCCAAGUACUAGCUUAGAACAAGUACAUCCUGCCAACGCAGGGCACAAUACUUCUACAUCAUGGGAUAGUGAUGUAGAUGUUGAACCGGAUCCUCCAGAUUGGAGUCAUGGAGUUGCGGAAGAUGUUCUCUUAAGUCUCAGUAAUGUAGAGAAAAAAAGACAAGAAGUUAUCAAUGAAUUAUUUCACACGGAACGAUCGCAUGUACGAGCGCUUAAAGUUUUAUCAUACGUCUUCCAUAAGCCACUACUGGAAUCGCAAGUUCUUCCUCUUGACCAAAUUCAGUUACUAUUCUCAAACUUGGAUGAAAUGGUGACAAUUCAUUCACGUUUUAAUCAAGCGAUGAAGAGGAAGAAAAAAGAAAAUCCAUGCGUGGGUGAUGUUGGAGACUUAAUUUUGGAGAUGUUUGAUGGUGAAAAUGGUGAAACAUUUGAACGUGCAGCAUCGACUUAUUGUGCAAAACAACAAGUAGCUCUUGAUGCUUUGAGAGAUAGACGACGUAAAGAUCCAAAAUUGAAUUCAUUUUUAAAUGAAAUUGAGGCAAAUCCUUUAUGUCGAAGGCUACAGCUAAAAGAUCAUAUACUUACGGGAAUGUUAAGGUUAACAAAAUAUCCACUCCUUUUUGAGAACUUAGCUAAGUACACACCGGAGAGUAAUGAGAAAGAGAAAGCAGCAGUAUUGCGCGCAGUAGAACGUAGUAAAGAAAUUCUUAGUUUAGUUAAUCAAGCCGUACGAGAAGCUGAGGACUGCCAGCGUUUAACAGAAAUACUUCGUAUGAUAGACAGAUCAGCUUUCGAUAAAUUUGAUCAUCCUACGGUUCAAGAGUUUAAAAAUCUUGAUAUUACCAAACGAACUUUAAUCUACGAAGGGCCAUUACAAUGGAGAAUCGUUAAUCGACCCAAACCAGUUGAUCUUCAUGUUGUGUUACUUGAUGAUACGAUACUUCUUUUACAUCGUCAAGAAGAAAAAUAUUUAUUAAAAUUUAUGAAUACAAAUCAAGUGAAUUCUGUACUCAGUCCAAUUGUUAAAGUAUCAACCGUACUUGUGAGAAACAAUGCCGUUGAUAAAAAUUCUCUUUACUUGGUGAAUACCUCUCAAAAAGGAGCCCAAAUAUAUGAUUUAGUUGCGUCUUCACCUGCCGAACGUAAAUUAUGGUGCAAACAUAUCUCAGAAGCAGCAGAAGCAUAUAAAGCAAGAAACAGAGAAGGAAGAAGACCAUCACCGCCAACAGUCAUGAAUGAAGAGUCAAGCCCACCAUCAGAAGGUACUUCCAAUAUGGAUUCAAAUGGAUCCGAUAAAGAUAAGUCUGAUAAAACACUAGAAACUGUAAAAGAAUCGACAGAUCAAAACUCAUCUAGUGUAGAAACACAGCGAGAAGAUAAUAAUACUCCGGAUGCUCCAUUGCCUGAGGAAAAUUCAAAACCAAAACCUGAAAAUGAGGUACAGUCACCAUCGGAACCAAACCCACCAACUACAGGAAUAGGAGAGUCAAUGAGAUUAGUUACAUGUACACAGUGCUCUCUUAUUGAUCCUGUGGAAGUUCAUACUGAAGUUCGGCCGGUCCAUGUAGCAGAGCCAGUUUUAACACCUAUUGAAUGUUUAAGGAGGAAAGAUGAAAUAAUAAAACAAGCUUUAGCUGAAAAACAAUCCUUAGUAGCAGAAAUAUUAAAUAUUCCAAAAGAAGAUUUUGAACAUGUUGCCGAUAUGGCAUCAGAACUGACAGGAUUAGAAAAAGAACCAGCUGAAUUGAUACUCGCGGCUAUUAGUCAGGCUAAUCAAUUGGUUGGAAUACUCAAUUCUGCACUUACUGUCACUGAAACCGAGGCCGUUUUAGCUUCUCAGGGCACAGCUACAUCUACCACAUCUUCAAGUUGUGAAGCUACAGGGUGUCCAGCUCCACGACCACACCCUCAUCCACAUCAACCAGUUAUACCUGUCGUAACAUUACAACCAAUUUGCCACUCCCUAUCGACACAACUUUCGCAACUUUUGAAAAUCGUGAAAGAAAGAGAAGAGGAGCGGGAACGAUUACGUAAAGAGUUACGAAGAAGUAGAGAAAGGCUCCAUGCAAUUGACGCUGAUGCUCAACGUCGAGAGCAGUAUCAAUUUCCUACAAGUACUACUCACCAGAUACCAACAAAUCCUGGAGAUCAAAUUACUCUAGACGGCGCCGAAGAUUUCAAUAAAGAAGAAUUUAUUGAUUGCGGUGAAGUCAGUAUUGAAGUAGAAGCCAAUAAAACAAAAAAUACAACUGCUAUAGAAAUGAUGGGUGACAGUGUUGGUUGAUACAUUUAAUAAUAAACUUUAUUUCAUCUUUUGAUGCAUUUGUCAGAGCGCAAUUUGUUCAAUAAAUAGUGGCGCUCGUACUCAAUGAAAUCAAAAUUACUACAGAAGAAGAAUGAUAAAAUAAGUGUUAGAAAACACGUAAAAAUCAUGAAAAUAUCACAAUUACGAUAAAAAAUGAAACGUAGUUUUAAUAAUGCCUUUAUCAAGGAUUUUAUGUAAAUAGAUUGUUUUUUUGUGAGUUUAUACAUAUACGAUUAUUGACACGGUAUCACAUCAUUGACACUACAAUCAAUUUUUUUGUAACGAUCUAUGCGAUGAAAUACGUAAGUUUUUCUUAUAUAAUAUUAAAUUUUUUCAAUUUUUUAUCAAUAUUUUAGCUAAAUUUAUACGUAUUGUAUUUUGAAAAUUUUUCUACAACUAAAGAAACAUACCAAACUUUAUGAGUCUUGCAUUAAUACUUUUAUAAUUAUAUUUCGAAAAAUAUUUAUAUAUAUAUAUAUAUUUGAUAGUCAUAAUAACAAUAGUAGUAAUAUAUAAAUGACAAGUAUA